AUGGCCAAGUUCGAUAGCAACUAUUUCGGCACUCGCCGUGGACUCAUCCGAAUUGUGAUGAUCAUCAUCGGAUUCGCCAUCUCGGCAACUCUCUGCGGCAACUGGUUCGGAGGACGAUCUUGCUUCAAUGAGGCCCGUCUUGGAGGAGUCUCACUGUCAAACUCGAUCUUCAUUGUCGUCAACAUCAUCAUAUUCAUUCUUGCUAUUCUCAGCAUGGGCAACUAUAGCUUUGAGCGCCUCGUCUCGUUGAUCGGCGCGGUUGUGUUCGGAAUCUGUGGAGCUGUGAUGGUUUGGUAUGUGAUCCAAGACGGCUUCAAUCACAAUGGAUUCCUCCUCCCAACAGCUCUGGUUGUUGUUCAAUUCUUCCUCUUCUUGUGGGACUGGCAGAUUCUCCGUGGAGAGGCU